GGCACACAAUUUUUUGUUGACAGAAGCCUAUAAAUUGUCAAAGCAGAAUUGGUUAAUGGUUUUUUUUUAUUUUUUGUAUGGAAUGUAAUUGUCCAUAAAUUGUCACUGAUCUUUAGUCAUGUGUCACACACGAGAAGGACUUCUGUAAAACGAUGGCAGUGAAUCAAUUUCAUUUAAGUUUCUCUUAUUACACACAUAAUUUGUGUUUUUUGGUUAUCAUUGUCUGUCAACCGGUUUUAUCUCUCAGGAUCUUCCAAUUUCUAAGACUAAAUUAUCCAAUGUUGGAACUAUUGAUUUAGAAAUUAGUCUCUACUUUGGAGAAAAACUUCGCUACUAGCGUCUGAACUUCACAUGUUGUCUGGCCGCGCACACAAAACACCCUCGAUGUCACUCCGUUUUCAUGUCUCACACACUGAUUCGUGGUACCUACCCUUUGAGUCUACGACCGUAGUGCCGCAGCCUCGCCAAACACUCUCCCCUCUACGCGGAUGCUAUUUGCACCACAUGGCACUUUGUAGUGAUACAAAAUAUAUGCACGAAAUGCAAUUUUCUUCUAAUUUGAGGUCAAUUUUCUUUGUUUUACGGUUAGGGAGUCAUGAAAGAUCCUAAUUUUUUGCCGUCAAAAUCUGUCUAACGCAUAUAUCUUGUGCAUCGUACUCCUAGAAAAAAUUUCGACAUAGCUGUGCGUAGAAGAUGGGCGAAAACAAAUCCGAAACUUUGUAUUUUGAUCUGAAUACGGGAGCUAAGAUCCCAUCUGUUGGUCUUGGAACAUGGAAGGCUGAAACAGGUGUGGUCGGUCAAGCUGUCAUCGCUGCAGUCAAGACUGGCUACAGGCAUAUUGACUGUGCAUCAGUCUACGGAAACGAAAAAGAGGUAGGAGUGGCAUUGAAGGAACUAUUUUCAACUGGCGUAGUACAGCGUAGCGAACUCUUUAUUACAUCUAAGUUAUGGUGCAGUGACCAUGCCCCUGAAGACGUAUCUAAGGCACUGAGCAAGACUUUAGAAGAUCUGCAGCUUGAUUAUAUUGAUCUAUAUCUUAUACACUAUCCACUUCGUACAAAGCGAGGCUCAGUAGGUUUCGCUCCUGAAGUCAUGGUUCCAUUGUGCCUUCCAGAGACUUGGAAUGCAAUGGAGGGCCUGUACGCAUCUGGUCAGGCACGAGCAGUCGGGGUGAGCAACUACUCGUCUAAGAAGCUGCAGGACCUCCUUUCUUAUGCAAAAGUUCCACCUGCAGUAAAUCAAGUGGAGUGCCACCCUAUCUGGCAGCAACCGGCUCUUCACAAUUUGUGCAAAUCUGCUGGAAUUCAUCUGUCGGCAUAUUCUCCUCUGGGUUCUCCAGGGGUUUUGAUGAAGGGGGAAGUUCUGAAGGAUCCAGUACUGAAUGAAAUCGCCAAGAAACUUAACAAGUCAACCGCGCAAGUAUGUCUUCGUUGGGGCAUUCAGAGUGGACACAGCGUCCUUCCAAAGAGUGUAAAUGAAAGUAGGAUCAAGGAAAAUCUAAGCUUAUUCGACUGGUCCAUUCCCCCAGAGCUCUUCUUGAAAAUUUCGGGAAUCCACCAGCAAAGGCUCCUACGGGGUGAUUUCGUAGUCCAUGAGAGCUUGAGUCCUUAUAAAAGCGUUGAAGAACUGUGGGAUGGUGAAAUAUGACCUCUUUUAUUCAAUUUGAUCCGUACAAGUUUGUCGAUUUUCUUGCUUUCUCUGCCACAUUUCAGAUGGAAGAAACUGUAUUUUGUUGUCUGCGAUCUGCUUUUAUAAUCCACUUUCUUAUUGACUAAAUUUAUUAAAUGUGAAUAAUGGCAUGCAUUGCAUGAGAGGGAAAAUAUUGUUUUCAUAAGCA